UAUGUGUUCUGUGCUUAUCAUAACAUAAAACAUAACCUAUUUAAAAUAAACAUAUUUAUCUCAAAUCUUUUAUUAAAAGAUUUACAUAAUAAUUAAAAGUUAAAAUGUGGUUUAUUUUCUAAAAUGAAACAAACCGGCGGUUUUAUCUUAAUAUGCUUGGUUAUAACUUUUGGAUAUUUUAUUGGUGUGUUAAGAUUCUUGACUGAUUAUGGAGAGGAUAUGUGUGAAAUGACUUAUAUGUUCGAGUAUCCCCAAUAUGUGAAAAUUUCGAAUAAGGCAGAUAAACAAUUUAAAAAAUAUGGAUUGUAUGCAUACAGUGAGGGACGGAUCACAGAAAAAACUCGAAACAUGUAUUUCGAUGGGAUACCUGUUCUGUUUAUACCCGGAAAUAAGGGCUCCCAUAAACAAGUUCGAUCUCUAUCAUCAGUAGCACUAAGAAAGUGGUUAAAUUCAAGACUACCAUUUCAUUUUGAUUACUUCACAGUUGAUUUAAAUGACGAGUACUCAGGUUUAUAUGGUCCUCUUUUAUAUGAUCAACAGCAAUAUGUAAACGCUUCUUUAUUCAGAAUUUUGGAGCUUUAUCAAAACCAAAAGAAUCCUCCUAGAUCAGUUGUACUAAUCGGACAUUCAAUGGGUGGAGCUAUAGCUCUGAAAUUGCUAUCCGAGAUGUCGGACCAUACUUUAGUGCCUAUUUUAAUUACACUCGCUUCUCCUCUUAGAAGGGCCCCCAUAAUGAUGGAUUAUCAUGCGGAGAAAUUUUUUUCUGAAAUUCUAAACAAAAACUUAGAUACUACUACUGUAAUUAGUAUUGGAGGAGGUUAUAGAGAUAUUGUUAUACCGCCUUUUUUAAUUGGAAACAAGGAGAAAGAUAUAUCUAAUAUUGUGACUUCAAAUAUUCCAAUGUCUUGGACUGAAAGUAACCAUGUCCAAGUUUUAUGGUGUAAGCAAGUGGUAAUGGCGUUAAACAGGGCAUUAUUUGAUAGCGUUGAUAUCAAUACCCGUCAAAUUUCAUCAAAUUUCACUCAUAGGAAUAUGGCAUUUAAGCAUAAUCUCAUCCAUCAUAGCGGAACGAAAGUUAGAAACCGCGAGAAUUACUUCAAACCUGUCCAAUUGAACCAAAAAGGACAAUGGAUAGAAAAUUUACGGAAACAGUAUUCCGUAGAACGUCCAACUGGUUCCAAUCAGAUACAUUGGUAUAUGGUUUCGAUAACGGAUGUCCCUGGUUAUGAAAAAUUGUCUGUGUUGGCUGUCAGCAUGGAUAUCGUUGAUUGGGUGUUUGCUUGUAAUGCAUAUAUCAUAAAAGGAAGCAGUAGAAUUUGCCGCGAGGCAUUGCAUAUGACACAUAAGUCAGAAAUUGCACCAUCGGCAAAAUAUAAGAGAAGAUUUUUUAAUAUAAAUCUUAAAGAUUUAAAAAAAGAACAUCCAGAUUUGACUCACAUUGUUUUUAGAUCUCUACCCACUGAUGAUCCAUUAGAAUAUCACGUUGAUAUUCAUGGUGCCGAUCAGCGAUCUCUAACAAUUCAAUUGCCGUCUUGGUUUUCAUUUAAGAGUCAAGUAAUUCUAGAGAAAACCCCCGAAAGGGCGUUGAAAUAUGAAAUAAUAAUAGCGCAGUUGAAUCAUAUAAUACAGUAUUAUAAAUUAUUCUUAGAACCAUUGGAAUGCUCAAAAUCGGAGCAUCAUGCGUCCAUUACGUUGACAGUGCCUUGGAGUAGCGAAAACUAUCACGGAUUUGUCACGAACAAUGUAAAAAAGCCAUUUAAUGUAAGAUUAUUUAGUUCUAAGCCAAGUGCAUUACAAAACUCUUCUGCUGUGAUAAAAUUAAUUUUAGAUCCAUCCUGUACAUAUAGAAUAAGUAUUCGUUCCUCAAUCUUUGGUACCCUUGGUCAAAUAGCAAGAACUUACAGUCCCUUAUUAUUAGCCAAUAUUGCCGCAGUAGCUCUAAUGUCCCUUAGGUACCAAUUUAAAAGUCUAGAAGAAGGUUAUUGCUCAAUUCCCUUUGCAGCUAUACAAGAAGGAGCUAAACCGUAUUAUGUUUUGACAGCAUAUAAGAUUAUGUCUAGAUUGUUGAGUUGGUCAAUUUUACCCCGUUUCUUUUUGAAAUCAGACUAUUUAUACAUGUUGGAUGAUGGUACAGAUUUUUUCCUAUUGCCAUUGCUUCUAUAUUUAUGCAGUGUUGGAAUUUUGUGGAUGUUAACAGUCGCUUUCAGCAUCUCUUUGGUAGCUCUAGAAUCGACCAUACACAAACUAUCUUUGAAGUUAUUAGCCGCAACUGUCAGCUUUAAUAUGGCUUGGUCCGAUUAUUUUUUGAGCUACUUACAAAAAUUACCUGUCGUUGUUGCUCUAACCUUGAUCUGCUUAUCGAUGGGUGCGUGCGGAGGGCUUGCAUUGUGUUUAGGUGCAGGAUUUUACUUUUUAAAGUUGACUCAAAUGUCGCAAGACUUUGUAGAGGAAGUUGUAUGGUUUUUUGUUAAACAAUUAGGAAGAAAAUGCAAAGCUUUCUUCAAGAAAAGAUCCUCAAACAAUCCAGAUGCUCAAGUUAUAGUCGCAAGUACUUCUCGAGCAAAUUUUGAAACUUCACGCCAUACUCACGGACAAAUAGAGACAAACAGUGAUAAUUCACAACAAGAUGAACCUACAGAGAACGUAUUAGAGCUUCGAAGUAGUGAUAACACAACUGAAGAUAGCGAAAAUGAAGAAAAUAGUUUAGAAAUGGUAGAUAAAGAAGUAAUGACAGAAAAAAUAAAUAAAAGCGGACGAAUAAUAAGAAGAAGCGAUUUAUCUCCAGUUAAAAGUAGAAAAAAUGUAAACAAAGAGAUGGAAGGAGAUGGUGACAAAAUGAACGAAAAAGAAUUUGAAAUCAUUGGUGAUGACAAACAUGCAGACGAAAAUUUAGAACAAAACCAAUGGGAAGGAGCUGAAGAAAACGAUAGAGAAGAUAGUGAGAAAAUUAAAAAUACCGGUGAACUUAAAGUGAUAAACGCAACUGAUUGUGAUGAUACAAACUCGAAGACUGAAGAUGACCGUGAAGAAAAACAUGGUAAAAACGCUUUAGAAGAAAAUACGGAAACUGCGACUCAACAAUUAGUUAAGAAAUGUAAGAAAAUUAUACCUAAUAGAACGAGAAGAGGUUUCAGAAGUAAUUCUGAUAAUAAAAAACCCGAAGAUCUAUCAUUCGAAGACCUGGAUCUUUCUUCGUCAUAUAAUGCGAUAUUUUUCCAUUCCACCAUUUUCUUUUUGUGGUGUAUUGUUACUAUUAUUAAUAUCCCUGCCGUUCUCACUUGGGCUCAUAACUUUAGGUAUACAACUGCGUUGAUACCCGAUGAUUCUUUUAUACCUGGAUUUGCUUUAAGCGUUUGCGCUUUGGUAUUAUGGCAAUUUGACUUUCCAAAAACUAACAGGAAAUGGAUGAAUGAAAUGGAAACUUUCAUCAUGAUUAUGGCAGUACUUAGUUUAGUAUUCGCUACAAUCUCAAUAUAUAGACUUAAUUAUCUCCUUACUUUAACAAUCAUUGUGGUAACAUUCUAUCAACUUUUGGCGCCCAAAGUUGACGGACCUGGUACCGAUGAGGAUGACAAAUUUGACAAAAGUAAAGCUUCAGAAAAACCUGACUAUUCAGAUUUGAAGACGAAGAUGGAAUAAUUAGUAUUUUUAAAUAAGUGAUAUUUAAAUUUAAGUACACUUUUUCUUGUGUUGAUACUGUGUUGUAGAUAAUGUUUAUAUUUACCAAAGACAUCAAAUAAAGUUUUUUUAUAAAGUU